UCAUAAUAUAAAGAAUGAUUAGGAUAAGGAAAGAGAAUCCAAAUUAUGUAGUACUCCUAAUCUCUUAAAUUCUCACAUCCAAACCUCCUAUUUAGUUAACCUAAAAGAAUCUAUACAUGCUUUAGUCUAGAUACAAGAUCUUGUUAUUUCUCUAUACUUUCAACACAAUAUCUUAUAAUUAGUCCACUGGAAAAAAAGAAAAAAAAAUCUAGAGCGGCCAUUGUUGUGUGAAAAACCAUGGAAAAUUUUGGUAUGCACAUGCUUGUUGGGCGAUGGUUUAUGGUAUUUGCUUCACUUUUGAUCUUGUCGGUAGCAGGCGGUACAUACAUAUUUGGACUCUAUUCUGAAGAAGUGAAGACAUCAUUAGGUUAUGAUCAAACAACCUUAAACUUACUUGGUUUUUUCAAAGACUUAGGUGCAAACGUUGGAAUUAUUUCUGGUCUAAUUAAUGAAGUAACCCCACCUUGGGUUGUUCUACUUCUUGGUGCAUUUAUGAAUUUUUCAGGGUAUUUUUCUGUAUGGUUAGCAACUACUGGGAAAUUAGCUAAACCAAAAGUUUGGCAGAUGUGUUUUUGUAUAUUUAUAGGUGCAAAUUCUCAGACUUUUGCAAAUACUGGUGUUUUAGUUACUUGUGUCAAGAAUUUCCCUGAAAGUAGGGGAAUUGUUAUUGGACUUUUAAAGGGGUUUGUUGGUUUAAGUGGUGCGAUACUUACACAAUUAUAUCAUGCUUUUUAUGGGAAUAAUGGGAAAUCUUUAAUCUUACUUAUUGCUUGGCUUCCUGCUGUUGUUUCCUGUAUUUUUCUUAGAGUUAUUAGGGUUAUGAAAGUUACUAGACAAGAAAAUGAGCUCAAGAUUUUUUACCAGCUUUUGUUUAUGUCACUUGGUUUAGCUGGUUUUCUUAUGGUUAUAAUUAUCGUCCAAAAUAGGGUUGAGUUUAAUAGUGUUGGUUAUUGGACAACUGCGGGUAUUAUUCUUGUUUUGUUAUUUGCUCCUAUAGUUCUUGUUAUAAGAGAGGAAUUGAAACUAUGGGAUGCAAAGAAACAAAAUCCAAGUCACCCUAUACAAGUCAAAGUUGUAGGAAUUGAGACACCACUUCAAUCUUCAGCAACUGUUGUUCCAACUAAUUAUCAAACAGAUCAAGUUUCUUUCUUUUCGAACGUGUUUAAGCCGCCGGAAAGAGGUGAGGAUUAUACUAUACUACAAGCAGUUCUCAGUAUAGAUAUGUUGAUUUUGUUCGUUGCUACAAUAUUUGGAGCAGGGGGACUUUUAACAGCUAUGGAUAAUUUAGGCCAAAUUGGUAAGGCCUUAGGUUAUCCUAAAACAAGCAUCACUACAUUUGUGUCACUUGUGAGUAUAUGGGGUUAUCUCGGGCGAGUAGCUUCUGGAUUCGCCUCUGAGAUUUUCUUGGAAAAGUACAAGUUUCCGCGUCCAUUGAUGCUCACAUUGGUUCUGCUUCUCUCUUGUGUUGGCCAUGUUUUAAUCGCGUUUGGUGUAACGAAUACUCUGUAUGUCGCGUCCGUGCUAAUGGGGUUCUGUUUUGGUGCUCUCUGGCCUUUGAUAUUUGCAAUCAUAUCUGAAAUCUUUGGACUUAAACAUUACUCAACAUUGCUCAAUUUUGGUGGUGCUGCUAGUCCAAUUGGAGCUUAUAUAUUCAAUGUUAAAGUGGCUGGGAAUUUGUAUGAUAAAGAGGCUAUUAAGCAGAUGGCAGCUCAUGGAAUUAUUAGGAAGCCAGGGGAAGACUUGACUUGCACUGGAGUUGAGUGUUAUAAGUUGGCUUUUUUGAUAAUUGCAGCAUCUACUUUUGUGGGGUUUAUUGUUUCUUUGGUUUUGGUGCUCAGAACAUUCAACUUUUAUAAAGGGGAUAUUUAUAAGAAGUUUAGAGAACAAGGUAAAACAGUGGAUGCUGAGUCUCAGUCCAGAGCAAAUGGUGAUGCUUCAUCAUAAAAAAAAACAUCUGUUCUCCAGCCGAGGCGAGGGUCUAUCGGAGACGGCCUCUCUGCCCUUCCAAGAUAGGGGUAAGGCUCUUACCCUCCCCAGACCCCACUUAUGGGAAAUUACUGGGCUUGUUGUUGGGCUUCUUCUUGUUGUUGUUGUUCAUCAUGAAAAAAAACACAUAGCUACAAGCCAAGAUUUUCUUGUUUUGAGGCUGGAAUUUGCCAAUGCAAUUUGAGUGUUGUUAUUCAUUCUGCAAUGUGAUUUAGUGUGACUUCUUGGGCUUAAGGUGUGUACAACGGGGUAGCAAGUAAAUACAUGAUUUACAAGUUGAUUUCUAUGUAAUUGAAGAUUUCUUUAACUAAAGUUGUGUAGAAUCAAAGUUCAGAAAGUGAAUUACAAAGAUUUACAAGCCAA